AUGCACACCGGGAAAGGAUUAACCCAGCUGUUCUGCCUUUCAGAUUUGAAUGAAGAACGACUUGGGGACGGCAACUCGGCAGACAAUACAGAGGCCUUCAGCGACAAAGACACUGACCAGAGGAGUUCCCCAGAUGUGGCAAAGAGUAAGAGCUGCUUCACCCCUGAGAGCCCUGAGAUAGUGUCUGUGGAUGAAGGGGGGUACACUGUCCAGAAAAACGGAGGCAACCCCGAGAGCCGCCCCGACAGCCCCAAGUACCACGCGGAGCAGAAUCACCUCCUGAUUGAGGGCCCGUCCGGGACUGUUUCUCUGCCCUUCAGCUUGAAAGCCAACAGACCUCCACUCGAAGUGCUAAAAAAAAUAUUCCCCAACCAGAAGCCGACAGUGCUUGAGCUCAUCCUGAAGGGCUGUGGGGGAGACCUGGUGAGCGCCGUGGAAGUCCUUCUGUCCAGCCGGUCGUCUGUCCCGGGAGCAGAGAGAACUGCAGCAGAACCCGAGGGUCUCGUGCUGCCCUCCAACGGGCACAUCUUUGAACACACCUUGAGCUCCUACCCCAUCUCCUCGUCCAAAUGGUCAGUGGGAUCGGCCUUUCGAGUCCCAGACACGUUGAGGUUUUCUGCUGACUCUAGUAAUGUUGUCCCCAACCCCUUGGCUGUGCCUCUGCAGCACCCGUUCCCCCAGCCACCCCGGUACCCGCUGAUGCUGAGGAAUACUUUGGCGAGAAACCAGUCGAGCCCCUUUUUGCCCAAUGAUGUCACCCUGUGGAACACGAUGACGCUGCAGCAGCAAUACCAGCUGAGGUCCCAGUAUGUGAGUCCUUUCUCCAGUAACUCUACCAGCGUCUUCAGAAGCUCACCUGUCCUCCCCACCCGUACCACGGAAGACCCUCGGAUCUCUAUCCCCGAGGAUGGGUGUCCCAUUGUGUCAAAGCAGUCCAUUUACACCGAGGAUGACUAUGACGAGAGGUCUGACUCCUCAGACUCUAGAAUCCUCAACACAUCAUCUUAAGGUGGUACCAGCUGGGUGGUGAUCAGGUGACAUUUUCUGUGUAUUUGAACCCUGGGGCACAUGAGGAGAGGCCACAUCUUGUGUAUACCCUUUCCUUCUGUUUGACAAAGUGACUGUGCUUGAUUCUAUACAUUAGCAAUAAAAACAUAACUUAUUUAACUUCUUGCACUUCACUGGAAAAUGCCAAAUAGCUCUGCUCUGUGGCUUUAGUGCUGAAUGUUUAUUGUAAGAGAGAGUCUAAUGCUAAGAAUAGUCUUGGGAAGGCUGGGUCCAUGGGAGAUUUAUUUGGGAUGUAAAGCUGAAGUCAGCCUUGCUCCUAAACUCAACCUGGAAUGUUAAAUAAAAUAGUAUACUUGAAUGCAGUUUUGUAAAAGAGGAUUCCUCAGGAUAUGUGAAACCUAAAGGAAGUGGUUUGGUUGCAAAUGGACUAUAAAACAGGGACAUUAUAUUCUUAUGCUAAAAAGCCUUCUUGCAUUUUAAAGAGAGACUGCACUUAAGAAUAGAGUGAACUGCUCACAUGCUUAUUUAAGCUUGGACAGUUUUCAGAGACAAACUCCAUUAAGAAUUAUUCUUUUCACAUGGCUGAAUCGAAACAUGUGUAAUGUCAGUGUAAAACCAAUCAUGGCUGUGAACUGCAUGAAAUGUAUUGUGAAAUGAACACAAGAUUAAGCUCUGUCAGGUUAAUGUAGCAUGCUAAGGACUCUAGAAAAAAAUAAACUAA